UCAUUUCCUCAUAGACGUCUAUGGGAGCAGAGGAGUCGCCCCCUGCUGGUCACUACAGAGACCUUAUUCACGCUGCCAUUGAAUAGAAAUAGAGCGUCCUCGAUGACAUCUGUCAUACGUCAUUGUCUCCGGAGCAGUUUAUGCUCGAUAACAUCAGUUUUUAUUUUAUUUUAGAGCGACUCAUGUUUAUUAAUACUUUUAGACUGUCUUAUUUAGUAUUAUAGGUCAUUAUAAGUCAUUCUGUGACUGACUUAUUCAGCAGGAUGCUUUGUAUCUCAUCAUGUCCAAAACAUGGGGGUUUAACUGGGGGGACAAAUGCACACUGAGAGCAUCCGAAUGUUGCCUAAUUGCACAAAUGUGCCUUUAUUGCGUUGGAUUAACUUAAUUAACUCUGCACAAGUGCUCCCCCCACACCGGCUAACCUUAACACUCUCCCCUCUCGACAAUAUUCUGGCUGUGAAACCCGAGCCGCGGGCCAAAUAUAGCCCGUCACAGGGAGCAGUUAGGGACCGGGACAGAUGGGAGGAGGACAGGCCACAGCAGAGGCAACCGGACCCCCAGAGUGCAGAGAUCCCAAAGCGACACACAGCAAGACCGCUCUUCCAAAGAGAGAGAGAGAGACGCUUCUUUUCUAAUUCAAUAAACGAGACGAACCUGGAAGCACGAGGCCGGAGGAAGAGAGGACCACCAUUAAGGAUGCAGGACGGGAGGAAUCAGCCGCUCCCCAUCUCUCGGCUGCCGAAGGACCCGGCGGCAGGCGGGGCUUUGGAUGGCAACGGGGGGACGUUUUCCGAGGCGUCCUCCGACGGGGAACUCUGCCUCGACUCGGGGACAGAGCUGGAUUUCGGAGACGGGGACUUUGCGGAUCUCACCGCCUUCCUGAGUGCAGAAGAGAUCCACCGCAGCCUGGACCUGGCCCUGGAGGCCUUUGGCGCCACGUUGGAGUCCGAAGAUCCGGGCCCCGCCUCUAAUCCCACAUCCCAGGAGCGGGUCCUCCAACCCGUCCACUCCCCACCUCCUGAAAACCUCCACACACAGACCAAAGCCCCCUCCUCCGCGCCCCCGGAGGUUCCCCCGAACAAACGCCUAGAUGCGACCACGGAGGCUGUGGCCUCUGUCGGGAAAGUUGCCCGUCCCAAACCCAAACAGCCGGUCUACAAGCAGGACAAACCGCGACUGGUUCACGAGGGCCUGGAGCUGAACGACCGGGCUGCUUCCGCCACGGAGUUCUGCAGCCGAGCCGCCACCUUCAUCGAGGAGCUGUCGUCCAUCUUCAAAGGUUCUGCUCGGUCGGAGCAGCAGGCAGAGGAGGGCGACUCCUCCUCGCCCGACAGCGGCUAUCUGACCCCGAGGGGUCAGCGGCCGGCCCCCCAGGGCUCGGCCUCCGCUCCCGGCGCCAUGGCGCCACGCGGCCCGGAGCAUCAGCCCGGCGGGUCGGCGGGCCCGCGGGCCGACGAGCCGCCUCAGCGCCCCGGAGCUCCGGCCUCCCUCGGGCCGCUGUCUCCUCCCUGCUUCCUCCACAAGCUGAAGAGCCAGGAGGUGGCGGAGGGCAGCGCCGUUCGCCUGCAGUGCAGAGUCACGGGAAACCCCCCGCCGCUCGUCAGGUGGUUCUGCGAAGGCCGCGAGCUGCACAACUCCCCCGACGUACAGAUCUGGAGGGACGGCGACCUGCACACGCUCGUGAUCUCCGAGGCGUUCGAGGACGACACGGGACGCUACACCUGCGUGGCCUCCAACAGCAUCGGAGCGGACAACACCUCCGCUGAGGUUUACGUCGAAGGAGCCUCGUCGUCGGACUCCGAGGGAGAAGGAGCUGUGUCCAAGUGCGGAUCGGGAGCCAUGCAUCAAGUUCAGAAAAAGACGACGUCGAUGUCACUGACGAUACGUUCAGCGUCACCCAGAACCUCGGAGGGCCUCCCUCACCGCUCCGCCCUGGUCCAGUGCCUCGCUCAGCCCGUACGGCCAGAACAUCUCGUCCCAGUGUCGUCACUGUGUGGCGCCGAGGCGUCUGGACCUCCUGUCUUCUCCAAGGUAAGUCCGCCUACGCAGUGAUACGGUCCCAGUAUCAAACAAACACGCGUGUGUGGGACGGUUAAAUUGAUAUGAUGCUGCAAAAGGUUCUGCUUAUUCUUCUAACUCUGGCUGAUAAUCCAAAGGUCCAUUUGGUCUGUUUAAACCAACUCUGGUGUGGUUCUGAACACAGUAAACCCGCCCUGAAACGGGACAAAAACCACCACUCCAACGACGUACGAGCAAAGAUGGACACUGCAGCUGCAGGUCAACAUGAACGGGGACGACUUGCUUCCCAUCGAAGCCGAAGAGGAGAGACAGAAUAUUCAAGAUCAACCGGAGAAGCACAGUAGAUCAGUGACGCGUCAAAGCGACGAAGAAACGCCCCUCAGCAGGGGUCAACAGGACGUCACUCGGGGUCACUGGACUCGAGUUUGACGAUUUUUGUUGGCGGCAUCUUGACAUUUUGCAUUCUAGGAACAUAAAUAACCAUAUUUGGAAUGUGGAGUUUCACAGAGACGCCAUGUACGUCUCUGUUAAGAGACCUGUCAAUCACACUGAGCCCCGCCCCCCUAAAGCACCCCCUGCUUUAUGGUCUGUUUGACACAAUUUACUAAAUGGACAUCAUGCUGUGUUAAAGAAGACUAUAAACUCUUGUUUCCUGAGGGAAUAAAUCUUGAUAGAUAGACUUGAUAGGAGGAGAUUCGUACCGACAAACGUUUCUGCAGUCGGGUUCUGAUGUCGGGGGAUAACACUGAUUCCCAGUUGGUGUUUCAGUUCAUCCAAAGCGCUUCUGACGGGGGUGAGGUCGCGGCUCUGUGCAGGCCACUUCCAUUCCUGCACACACCAGGGUCGGAAAAACACGCACACGCACGCACAUGCACUGGCUCGCUCUCAAUGCCUUCCCCUUAAUAACAGUGUGCAGCGCUGUGGCUUUCAGCAGUGGGGGUCAGAUAAAACCCGGGGCUCAACAACG